AAAAAAGUUGAGAUUUUUAAUGUUUUGGAGAGUUUUUGAGCAUUGGGUUCUUCUUCUUUGGGUGGGAAAUUGAAAAUUUUGUAGCUUUUUAGUGUCGGCAACGGAAUUGGUGUUGUUUUCGUCACUAAUAUUCUGUUUGGUACCUGAGAAAACAGAGGAAUUGAACUCACUUUGAGAACUAUUUUUGUUCCAUGUAUUCGGCUACCAAUGUAGUUUUGUCAACUUUUUUCAUUUUGUCCCGGAAUAUUUUCUCUUCAAAUUCCCCAGAAAAGUUUUGCUCCUUAACCAAGGAUUUUUUUAAUAUAAAGAGAAAAUGAUUGGACCGGCGGACUUCAUUGACGAGAUAGAUUGCGGCAGUUUCUUCGACCACAUAGACGACCUCCUCGACUUCCCCAACGACGACGUCGAUGCCGCAGUAUCCGCCUGCGAUUCCGCCCUCAACGCCACCACUUUUCCCAGCAUUUGGACAACUCAGUCCGAGUCAUUUCCUGGUUCUGACUCGGUUUUUUCCAACAACAGUGCUUCCGACCUCUCCGCCGAACUCUCUGUUCCGUAUGAAGACAUUGUCCAAUUGGAAUGGUUGUCCAACUUUGUUGAAGAUUCCAAUUGUGGAGUAAGCUUGACGAUCAAGAAACAAGAACCUUCUUCGAUCAACAAGGACUCAUCCGAUCAUCAAUUCCAGACUUCGAGUCCGGUUUCGGUCCUCGAAAGCAGCAGUUCUUGCUCCGGGGAGAUCAAACCGUUGCUCGAACCGGCUUCCGCCAUCGGAAAGCAUGGACGUGCACGAAGCAAACGUCCCCGCCCGGCCACCUUCAACCCUCGUCCAGCCAUUGAACUUAUCUCCCCUUCCUCAUCCGUCAAUGGCGACGGUAACGACGUCCCGAUACUCGUCCCCAAGGUGUCAUCCGACUCUGAGAGCUACGUCGAGUCUCCACUCCUAAUCAAAUUACCCCGACAACUCAACCCCGAACAGAAGAAGAAAAAGAAGAUCAAGUUGACACUCCCGACACCGCCUACAGACAACAACCUCAUUCCGAAUCAAUCGGGACAACAACAAGCUGUCAGGAAAUGCAUGCAUUGCGAGAUAACAAAGACACCUCAAUGGAGGGCAGGGCCGAUGGGACCGAAAACUCUAUGCAACGCGUGCGGCGUCCGAUACAAGUCUGGAAGGCUCUUCCCGGAGUACCGUCCCGCGGCAAGUCCGACUUUUAUCCCGUCAGUCCACUCGAAUUCGCAUAAGAGAGUGCUGGAGAUGAGAACCAAGAGUGGAAAUGCUGGUGAAACCACCGAUCCACCGGAAAUGAUCCCAAACAAAAGCAACCCGACAUCGGAUUACAUGCAAAUGGAGGGUUUAGGGUCUGGAGGAUUUUGAAACCCUAAUAUUUAGGGUUCAUACUAUCUCAUUGUCUCCCUCGUAUCUCUAUCUCUUUGAAAUUUUCUUUAAUUGCUCAUUUUGUUAUUGUUAUUUUUACAUCUUUGUUCAUUGUUUAAUUUUUGUAUAGGGUUGGAGAUGGGGAAAGAGGGGGCAAAAUGGCCAAUAUUUUUAGAAUUAUUAGAGUCCUUAAAAAGGUUUAAGGGUAGGAAAGUUUGUAGGGUUCAGUAGUGAGUAGGUACUUAAAAAGAUAUUUAAUUAUUAGAGUCUUUAUUUCCUUUAUUUUUAUUUUUGUCCUAAUGGGAAUACAAGUUUAGAC